GCGAAUGCCGCCCCAGUAGGGUAUAUAAAAGAAGAGAAAAAUGAGGAGAUAUUCUCCAGCGGCUCUUUUGACGCAGCUCUAGCAAGUGGCCAAAAUAGCAGAAUGCGGUCCCGGUCUUUGCUCCGGUGGCUUUCGUCUGCCAUCUUAGCAUUUACUCUCGUCCUCCUUUCCUAUACUGGUUCAGCUAGCAGCAUACUACAGCGGAAUAGUGUCAAUCCGAAAAAGUUGUUCCUUUCAAAUGGAUUGACCGACCAAGUUCAAUGGGAUGAAUUCAGCUUGAUCGUUAAAGGCCAGCGAAUAUUCCUUUACUCUGGUGAAUUCCAUACUUUCAGACUUCCGGUUCCGUCCCUGUGGCCAGACAUACUUCAGAAGGUCAAGGCAGCUGGUCUUAACGGAAUCAGCGUGUACACACAUUGGGGCUUAAUUAAUCCCUCACCGGGAGUUGUCGACUUCGACGGGUUCCGUGCGCUACAGCCGCUCUACGAUGCUGCCAAAGCUGCUGGGAUCUGGAUUGUCCUUCGACCAGGGCCGUAUAUCAAUGCAGAGACGACAGCAGGAGGUAUUGCCCAUUGGGUGACGUCUCAGGUUGCAGGCACUAUUCGUACGAACGCGACGGAUUACCACGAUGCAUGGCAAGAUUAUAUAGCUGGCAUCAUCAACGUCACGAAACCGAAUCAGAUUACAGAAGGCGGACCUGUCAUAGCUGUCCAAAUCGAUAACGAAUACUCCCAGGCUGGCUUUGGUCAUGCUGAAUACUUCCAGGAACUUGAGGACACAUACCGAGCAGCAGAAAUCGUCGUUCCCCUCACAUACAAUGACCCUGGUGAAGGCAAGAACUUUGUAAACGGAACUGGCGCAGUCGACAUAUACGGGCUCGACAGCUAUCCUCAAGGGUUCGAUUGCUCGAAUCCAGAGCAUUGGUCUCCGGUUGUCACAAAUUAUCACGACUAUCACGAAGAUACCAAUCCUAGCCAGCCUUUCUACUUCCCCGAGUUCCAAGGAGGAGCAUUCGAUCCUUGGGGACCAAAUGCACCAGGAUAUCCGAACUGUCGUAUAUUGACCGGACCCGAUUUUAUGGAUGUCUUCUACAAGACGCUUUGGGCGGCUAAUGCGAAACUCACCAGCUUCUACAUGCUCUUCGGCGGAACAUCAUGGGGCGCUAUUCCAUUCCCGGGCGUCUACACUUCGUAUGAUUAUGGAAGUUCCAUAAUGGAGAAUCGUCUCUUGACUUCGAAAUUCACCGAGCUCAAACGUCAGGGGGUCUUCCUUCGAAGCUCUCCAGACUUCUACAAGACAAACUGGGUUGGAAAUAGUAGCACCGGCGCAGUGAAUGUGUCAAAUUCAGCCGCCUUCGCUGUGCUAUUGUCGAAUCCCGACUCCGGAUCAAACUUCUACAUUGCGAGACAGACGGACUCGACCUCUACGGAUGUCACGAACUUCUCCCUCACAGUCUCCACUUCCAACGGAACAUUGACCAUCCCGAGGACUGUUCCGUCCAUUACCCUCAGUGGUAGACAAUCGAAGGUUAUAGUCACAGACUAUACUUUUGGAAGCUCCAAAGUCCUGUACUCGACUGCGUCAAUCUUCUUCGCCGGCCAGAUCGGAAACCGCGACGUACUCUUCCUCUUCGGCGACUCAGACCAGCAGCACGAAUUCGCAAUUGACUUGAAGGGAUCAUCGAACGUUACGGCUGACAGCCGUAUCACGACGUUGGGCGGCCCAUCUGGAGUCACUACAAUUGGUAUCCUCGGAAACGUCACAGGCCUUAUCACCAUCGCCGACUCAGACUCCCAAUUGGUUCUUUAUGGAGACACGGAUACUGCUGGGACGUUCUUCGCACCAGUGAUUCCGUCCCAGAGUGCUGAAGGCGAUGAAGCGACUUUUAGUAAUUAUUGGCAAUUCGGUUCUAAUUCGACUGUACUCGUCGGCGGACCGUACCUCGUACGGAACGCAACCAUUUCGGGGUCUCAGCUACAAAUCAGAGGAGAUCUGAACGAGAGCGUCAUGUUGACCGUAUUCGCGCCACCCGAAGUCACUUCAGUGACUUGGAACGGACAGGAAGUCGAACCUCUCAAUAGCAUGAGCAAUUCAUCUGGAAUCUUCACGGGUCAACUUCAGAUGAACGUAACGACGAAUGCGAUUACCGUUCCGGAGCUUUCGAACUGGAAGUUUGCGGACAGCCUUCCUGAAAUUCAGUCCAACUUCUCCGAUGAUUCGUGGACGAUUGCGAAUCAUACGACUACAAACAUCCCAGAUAAGCCUUUGUUUGGGGAUGGUCGAGUUCUGUAUGGCUGUGAUUAUCAAUUCUGUGAAAAUAUCGUCCUCUGGAGAGGCCAUUUUAACGGUACUGGAUCUGAGUCAUCGGUAAACUUAACCGUCAACGGAGGCGAAGCUUUCGCCGCAAGUGUCUGGUUGAACGACGUCUUCUUGGGAACUUUAUUCGGAAAUUCUACUAAUAACCGGAACAGUAUUGAUGAGACGAAUGAUGUGUUCACAUUCCCGGAUGGUUCUAUCCUCCAAGGACAAGAUAAUAUCAUUACCGUCGUACAGGAUAACAUGGGCUUGGACGAGUCAGACAAUGAAAAGUCACCCCGCGGUAUUCGUGGCUUCCAACUCAACUCUGGAAACUUCUCGACUUGGAAAGUACAAGGGAAAGUUGGCGGUUACACAAACUUCCCUGACAAAGUCAGAGGUGUACUUAACGAUGGUGGUCUUUUCGGUGAACGAGAGGGAUGGCACUUACCAGGAUUCGACACGUCCUCGUGGGCAAGCAGGAAUAUUUCGGAUGGACUUCCAGGAGGCUCAGCGGGCGUUGGAUUCUUUGUGACGACAUUUAAUCUGAAUAUCCCUGAUGGAACCGACGUUCCGAUCAGCUUCGUUUUCGAUGGCGGAUCAAGUGCGACGGAUCAACCGUAUCGCGCCAUACUCUUCGUGAAUGGAUGGAUGAUGGGGAAGAGGGUGGCUAAUCUCGGACCACAAACGAAAUUCAUCGUUCAUCAGGGUAUUCUCGACUAUAGCGGAGAAAAUACGGUUGCUGUCGCACUAUGGGCCAUGCUCCCAAACGCCACUGUCUCGCCAACUCUGGAGCUUCAAGUUGACGGAGUCUUGGAAGGAGGAGUAGGAGGGAUUGUUACGAAUAAUCCUGGAUUUCCAUUACCCUCUGCUGUCUAAAACGCACCUCGCUUAGGUUAUUGCUGAUUGUUGUACACUUUUAUUUCUGGAUCUCUUGCUUUCUUGGACAAAUGACGGACUUUUUCAGACUCAGAAAAAUGAAUUUGUGUGUCACUAAG